AUGGGGCUGUCCAAAACGAACAGGAUUUUGAUCCUGCUGGUCAUCGAUACAGCAUUUUUCUUGCUUGAAUUAAUCACUGGUUAUGCCGUCCACUCCCUUGCCCUUGUCGCCGAUUCCUUCCACAUGUUGAAUGAUGUCUUAUCCUUGUGUGUCGGAUUAUGGGCAGUCAAGGUCGCAAACCGGGAGACCACCUCCAACACGUACACCUAUGGCUGGCAACGAGCGGAGACACUUGGUGCCUUGGUCAAUGGCGUGUUCCUAGUCGCCCUGUGCAUGUCGAUUUUCCUGGAGGCAACUCAGCGAUUGUUCGAACCCCAGGAAGUGCAAAACCCCCGAUUUGUUUGCAUUGUUGGCUGCUUCGGCCUAGCUUCCAAUAUCAUUGGAUUGGCGCUAUUCCAUGACCACUCCCAUGGACCCGGCGGCGGCCACGACCAUGGUCACGGUCACGAUGAACACGACCAUGAUCAUGACAUCGAGGCUGGUGAACAUGAUCACGAUCACACAUCGAUCGCCGAUCAGAGUGAGGACAUGGCGGGCACUACCGCUGGCUUUGGCGGACCCGCAAGUGUGCCUCAAAACUCCCUCACGCACUCUGCCACCGUACCACCCCGAAAACAGCGCGAUACCCAGACCCGCGGCCCAAGGAGAUACAGCACAGGACGCGGAUUUGUGAGCCCCGACGAUAUUCCCGUACUUCCAGAGAGACUGAGACAAGGGAUUAUCGCCGCCAGCCAAUACCGGAAUGAACAAACAUCGGAUUCGGAGAAUGGCCACGAUGAGGAUGAGAUCCCAUCUGAGCGUUCAGGUCUUCUGAGCCACCGUGAUCGCACCACCAACUACACCGAUGAGGAGGGAUCUUCAGUCAAGAUCCACGACCACCGUGAUGAAGAUGUCCACAAAACUCACAACCAUGCUCAACCCAAGCCGAAGGACCAUCAGAAGGGUCACAAUCACGACCUCAACAUGCGUGGUGUCUUCCUCCAUGUCAUGGGAGACGCCCUCGGAAACAUUGGUGUGAUCGUUUCCGCGCUUAUUAUCUGGCUGACGGACUACGAAUGGCGCUAUUACGUCGACCCGGGCAUUUCCCUCGUUAUCACACUGAUCAUUCUUGCAUCCGCCAUUCCGUUGUGCAAAGCUGCCUCGCGUAUCCUUCUUCAGGCCGUACCCCCCGGUAUGAGCAUUGAUCAUAUCAAGGAGGACAUCGAGGGUCUUCCUGGUGUCAUUGGUUCACACCACCUGCACGUUUGGCAACUCAGUGACACCAAGAUCGUGGCUUCAAUCCAUCUCCAAGUCGACACCGAAAUCAAGGGCGAAGGGUCGGAGAGGUACAUGCGCCUGGCCAGACAGGUGAGACGCUGUCUCCAUGCCUACGGUAUUCACUCUUCGACUAUCCAACCCGAGUUCGCACCGGAAAGUGACACCGAAGACAAUGGAAGAGCAUCGUCUUCUCGGGACACCGAUGACCACGUUCUCAGUCGGGCUGGCAGUCUUCGGGAGGGUGACCCUCAAGCAUGCCUUUUGGAGUGUGACACAAACUGCGCCCGAGGAGGCCAGUGUUGCCCUAAAAAGUGA